CCAUUUCUUCAUCCUUUUAUUUUCAAGUAACAUAAAAUGGGUUCCAAGGCAUUUCUAAUUCUUGGCCUUUUUUUGGCUAUAUUUGUAAUGAUAAGCUCUGAGGUUUUUGCUGGAGAGUUGGCUAAGACUUCAACCACUUUAGAAGAGGACUCAAAGAAAUCUGAUAACAAGAAUGCAUUAGUACAUGAAGCACAAUAUGGCGGGUACCCCGGUGGCGGAUACCCUGGCGGCGGUCAUGGUGGUGGUGGAUACCCCGGUGGUGGGUACCCUGGUGGCGGACGUGGUGGUGGUGGAUACCCUGGUGGCGGACGUGGUGGUGGUGGAUACCCUGGUGGCGGACGUGGUGGUGGUGGACGACAUGGAGGAUACUGCCGGUACGGUUGCUGCCGCCGUGAUUACUACGGUUGCUAUAGGUGUUGCUCCUACAAAGGUGAGGCCAUGGACAAAGUGACUGAAGGCAAGCCACAUAAUUGAUUAUAUUAAUUAUGUGGAGCAAUAUAUAUGUAUUUUAAACUUUUGUAAUGGCAAUUAUGUAAUAUAUAGUAAUGCUCUUUCUACUUUAGAGCUUGCUAUAACUAGUAAAAAUGUAUGAAUAAAAGUCAUCUUGUAGUAAUGUUUGUUAUGCAAUGGAAUUACUCUUUCAGUUUCUUUUUACUUAUU